AUGCAGAAGUUCGUCAAUGCUCCGCUCUCCGCGCUUCCCGUUGGCCUUUCGGCAAAGUACCGUGUCGGAACUUCCGCAUCCGGCGGUUGCACUUGCGGCCACAACACUGGCAUCCCAAAGGACGCAAUGACUCGCGAACUCGAUUCUAUGACGCUUGGCACGGUUCACAAGAUGCAGUAG